AUGAAGGCAUUAAUUCUUGUGGGUGGGUAUGGGACUCGACUACGGCCGUUAACCUUGACGCAACCUAAGCCGUUGGUUGAAUUCGCAAACAAACCAAUGAUGUUGCAUCAAAUCGAAGCCCUCGCAACUGUUGGAGUCACCACUGUUGUGUUAGCUGUCAGCUAUCGCGCUGAACAACUAGAACAGGAAAUGAAGGUGCAUGCGGAAAGGCUAGGGAUCCAGGUGCAUUUUUCACUCGAAGAAGAACCUCUGGGAACUGCAGGACCACUUGCUCUUGCUAGACGGUACCUGGAUGGAGAGGAACCCUUCUUCGUACUAAACUCGGACGUCAUCUGUGAAUUCCCUUUUCAAGAAAUGAUAGACUUUCAUCUAUCACACGGUUGUGAGGGCACCAUAGCUGUUACACAAGUCGAGGAGCCUUCGAAAUAUGGAGUUGUGGUUUUUGAUGAACACAAUGGAAUGAUAGCUGAGUUUGUGGAGAAGCCCCAAGAGUACGUAGGCAACAAGAUCAACGCCGGUCUCUAUAUAUUUAGCCCUUCAAUACUUGACCGAAUUUCUCUUCGUCCAACUAGUAUUGAAAAGGAGAUAUUCCCGAAAAUGGCUGAAGCUCGCACUCUCUUCGCUUUUGUUCUUUCCGGUUUCUGGAUGGAUGUUGGACAACCGAAAGAUUUUCUGAAGGGGAUGUCGUUGUUUUUGGAACAUAAACGUCGAACGGAACCUUCAGUUUUAGCCAAAGGUGAAUCCAUACAAGGAAAUGUCUUGAUAGAUUCAUCGGCUAAGAUCGGAAACAACUGCAUCAUUGGUCCCAAUGUGGUAAUUGGACCGAGAGUGCGGGUGGAAGAUGGUGCUUGUUUACGCCAUAGUACGGUGUUGUCCGAUUCCAUCGUUCGAACACAUUCCUGGAUAAAUCAAAGCAUCGUCGGGCGGAAAUGCUCUAUAGGGAGAUGGGUACGCAUUGAAAACAACAGUGUGAUUGGAGAUGAUGUCGUUGUGAACGACGAACUCUAUCUCAACGGAGCCCAAGUGUUGCCACACAAAUGUAUUGCCAGCAAUGUACCGGAGCCUCAUAUCAUUAUGUGA